CUCUCCAGUGGCAGUAGGUCCAGGUGACCAUCUCUUACAUCCAGGGAAGAAGAGAACCACCGGGUCAGACGGUGAUUCAGACCAGGUCCAUUCUCCAAACACUGACAACGUGUGUGAGCGACGGUCGUGUGAGAUCAUGGCUGAGCUGGUGGAAGGUCUCCAGAGCGUUCUGUCUCUGGGUCACCAUAGAAACAGCGGAAUCCCAGCCUUCCUCACGCCGAUGCUCCGAAACAUCAUCAUCAGUCUGUCCAGACUACCGCUGGUCAACAGCUACACUAGAGUCCCCCCCCUGGUGUGGAAGCUGGGCUGGUCCCCUCGGCCGGGAGGAGAGUUCGGCACCACCCUUCCUGAGAUCCCUGUAGAGUUCCUGCAGGAGAAGGACGUGUUCAGGGAGUUCCUCUAUCGCAUCAACACACUGGGCUGGAGCAGUAGGACCCAGUUUGAAGAGACCUGGGCCACACUGCUGGGAGUUCUGGUCACUCAACCCAUCUCUAUGGACCAGGAGGAGGAGAGGGAACAGGAGGAGGACUUGGAGCGUACCCAGUUGAACGUGUUAGCGGUCCAGGCCAUCACCUCUCUGGUUCUGAGUUCCAUGACUGUCCCUACUGCCGGAAACCCUACUGUCUCCUGUCUGGAACAACAGCCGAGAAACAAGACCCUUAAAGUCCUGGACACACGGUUUGGCAGGAAGUUGUCAGUGAUCAGAGGAGCCGUGGAGAGAGAUCCAGGCCAUGGUGUCGAAGAGAGACAACGUACACACACACCACCCCUACCACACCUGGGACCCUGUCCCCUCCCUGUCUGCUGUCUCACCAGCAGGUACACUGAUCAGCCAUGAGAAACUCCUGCUGCAAAUCAACACAGAGAGAGAUGGGCAACAUGGACUACA